GCUGGCUGACGUGGCAGGGAGCAACUUCACUAAUGAUUCAUUCAGAGGCAGAGAUUUAUUUAUUUUUGAAAUGGGAUGCAAAAGCACCAGCAAAGGCUUUCAGUUAUUGAUAGGUGGUAAAACGGGAACAAAUCUGAUACUGAGUAAAAAUAAAUAAAGAAAGUCUACAACCAAAUCCAGAUGGAGCCUUGGGUGCCACCACCGAAACAACCCUGGCGACGUGGGAACCACUCAGCCUGGACUGAGGGCUAUAGGAGGAGCCCGUGGCCUCCCCCUUCUUAUUCCAGGAACAACACUGAGUGGAUGUAUCACCACGAACCCUGGGCAGGACCCCAACCAGAUGCCCAGGCAGAGCACCACCCACCCACAUAUCAUCCAGCAUUUAUGAGACCAAAUUCUUGGGCACCCUACUAUGAAAGUAGCUAUGCCAGCUGGUCACAUUCGAGGCAAGGUUACGACAAUCUGAAUCAUGGCUUGGUGGAAGAUUAUGCAUACAGAAGUGUCCAAAGAUAUCCCCCAACACAGCAUGAUGAAAGAGGUGUUUUGCGAGACCAAAGGCGGAGAGAGACCUGGGGUAAAGAUGGACAUUCCUGGAACCCGAGUUAUUCUGGAUAUUACCGUCAGGAAGAAGGCAGUAGCUUUGCAGGACAUAAUGAUUUCAUACUGACACGAUCUGAGCAGCGUGCUUCCUGUGAAGAAAGUUAUAGUUCAAAGAAAGAUGACUCCUAUGAGAUCAAUUACAAUUCUUCCUUGCAACGAGGGCAGAUUCAGAAUGAUUUCCAAGGAAACUUUAUGGAGAAUGCCAGGAGAGCAGCACAACAGCCUUCAUUUGCUGAGGAGCCAAGCCUCCUCCAGCAGUAUAAGGACUCAGGACUCAGCUCCAGUGCAUACGAACUUAGCCAGUACAUCAAUGAUUCCUCCAACCAUUAUGAAGCAUCCCUUUCCAAGGACUGGAGCCCAGUUCAUGAAGGAGACUCAGUAGCUGCUCUGCACUCCGUGGCCCCCCAGAAGUUUUCCCUCCCCCAUGUUCCUGUGUGCUUUGGAGCAGCGGGGCAGCUUGUCCAAGGAUGCCCUAAUGAUCCAGCAGAAGGGCAGCCUGCGCUUGUGGAAAUACACAGCCUGGAGGUCAUCCUACAUGACUCGGCUGAGCAAGAGGCAAUGAGAACCUUCCCAGGACCUCUGAUCAGGGAGGAUCUGCACAAGGUGGAUGUGAUGACCUUUUGCCAACGCAAAGCAGCCCUUGGCUAUGACUCGACAUCCAACCGUGGCAGAGAUUCUGCCUUGCUUUGGAAACUCCUUCUCCUUCUUUGCCGACAGAAUGGCUCUAUGGUAGGAUCAGAUAUAGCCGAGCUGCUGAUGCAAGACUGCAAGCACCGGGAAAGAUACAAAAGACAAGACCCAGUGGCGAAUCUAAUCAGCCUGACGGAUGAAGAGUGGCCAGUGCAGGGCUGUGGGACCACAGAUCUUCUCACAGGAGAGGUUGUCUCAGGUGCUGGUACACCACAGCAAAAAGUGGAAAAGUUCACCCAACUCCUCUUCUAUGGCAGAAAGAAAGAAGCUCUGGACUGGGCCAUGAGAAACCAGCUGUGGGGCCAUGCUCUCUUUCUGUCAAGCAAGAUGGACCCAAGGACCUACAGUUUAGUUCUGAAUAGGUUCACUAGCACGCUGGCCGUCAAUGAUCCUCUGCAGACACUUUUCCAGCUCAUGUCUGGGAGGAUACCCCAAGCAUCUCAGUGCUGUGGGGAUGGGAAAUGGGGUGACUGGAGACUCCAUCUGGCUGUUAUCCUCUCCAACCAAGUGGGAGACAAGGAAUUGAAUUCCAGGGCCAUCAUCAGCAUGGGAGAUACACUGGCUGGCAAGGGGUCAAUUGAAGCUGCUCACUGCUGCUAUCUGAUGGCAGAUGUUCCUUUUGGCCACUAUGGAGUUAAAACAGACCGCAUGGUGUUGCUGGGCAGUAGCCAGAGCCAGCAAUUCUCCCACUUUGCAAGGACCGAGUGCAUCCAGAAGACUGAGAUCUUUGAGUACUGCCAGUUGCUGCGGCACUCCCAAGCUUUCAUCCCCUCUUUCCAGGUAUAUAAAUUCAUGUAUGCAUCUCAGCUAGUGGACUAUGGCCUCACUGCCCUGGCCCUACAUUACUGUGAAGCUGUAGGAAUGGCACUCCUUGCCCAGAACCAGAACAAGUACCCUGUCCUGAUAGAACAAGUCAUCAAGCUGGCAGAACGACUAAAACUAUCUGAUCCGAGGCUCCUUGAGAGGCCUGAACAAGAGGUGACUUUGGAACCAGGUUGGCUUGUGGAGCUUCGAAAACUACACCAGCAGUGGGAGGAAGAAGGAGGUCUCCUCAGUUCUACAUCCACACAAUCGGCAUUUCCUGGAAUCAGUGGGCCAAUAUCAGGUUUGGCACCAAAUCAAGGAAGCGUGGCAGAGUUGGAGCACAAUGUGCCUUCUCCCCUAUCACCAGGUGUCUCAGAUCAGUGCCAUGAACCAGGUGUGGACCAGGAACUAUAUCUCCAUCCUAGAUCUGGAUAUCCAAUAAAUACAACAAAUGCCGGUCCAAAGAUACAUGUACCUGGCAGGGGCCAGGACUCUAUUCCAUCACUAGGAGCAACUCCAGAUGAACUCUCCUCAUGUUUACACCAGCCAGCAGGAGGCACUGUGGAAUCCUCUGGACCAUACAAUUUCUCAGAUCAUCAGAAGAACUUUUUGGAGCAUCAUCAGAGGACUGCUCGGAUCCGAUCUCUCUCUGAGAGCUCAACUAUAUCUAUAACUGAGGAUACCCCACAGUCUCCAGAAGAAGGUAUAGGGGAGGGAAUCACAUCAGAGAAGCCACCACUGGAAGAGACAGAGAAAGAUCAAGCCAAGGCAUCUGGCUUUGGCUGGUUCAGCUGGUUCCGAUCCAAGCCAGAUAAGGAUGCAGAACCCUCCAAGAAAGUACCAGCUUCCUUGCUAAACUCUACUGUUCCUGUUUCCCAGGAGAAAGGAGCUCCACCACCUCCCUGUCCUCCCACAGAGGAGACACGCUCUUCAUCCCAUCCUCCUCGUUUUCCUGUUCUACCUCACACAGAUGGAAACCCCUUUUCAAAAGGCUCUCUGGGAACAAGAAACCGACUAAGCUAUAGCAGCCGAGGAGGAACCAUUUCUCCAGAUGCCUGAAAUCAGACUAGCUUUCUCACUUCCCCAAGAAGAGGCCUACUUCACACUUCAUUCCCACUAAGGUCACCGCAUCAGCAGCAACUUGCACUGGAUACCAAGAAUAACAAACUACUCAGUGACAUUGCUCCAUCUCAACAAACCCUCUCAAGACAGACCAGAGGUCACAUCCUUCCUUGAACCUCUCUAUCUACAGCGUAACAACAAAAGUUUGGAAGGAAAAACAGAAGUACCUUUUCGCUACUACUACAACAAAUGACAAAACUAAAUCAGAAAACAGCCACAAACAAAAGACACACCUACAUAGACACACACACAAGCUAUACUAACAAAUGAACAAGAUGACAAUUCUAUGAACCUCACGCUUUCCGUUUUAUGGACAGCUCUCACAAUCCUUUGGGCCAAGCAUGUGCACUAUAACUCCCACAAUCCAGUACCAUUAGCAGUGGUGGGUGGAGCUGAUAGGAGAUGUAAACCAAAUUGAUGCAAAUGGCCAAAGAAUCUCCGAUCUGUUGUUAGAUGUGAUCCUCAAAGAGGUGGCAAAACUUUACCUGGGUAGACUAUUUGUUUAAUGGAUUCCUAUCUUAGUUUUCUUCCCAAAUUAUGACUCUAAGGUGGCUAAAAAAGACAAAUAAAACAAAUACUAUUCAAACAUCAA